AUGUACACCAUUCUCCCUCUAGCUGCCCUCGGCCUCGCCGCCACGAGCGGUGCUUUUGCAAAUCCUGCGCUUCCCACAACAAUCGCUCUUCCCACUUCUUACCCCAACGCCAACAAGUCUUUUGAAGCCUUGGUAGAAACACUCCCUAGAUGCCAUCGACGCCAUAUUAAACAGGGCUUCACUCAAGAGUUUGCGCCUUCCUGUGGCGUAGAUUCUUAUAGCAGCUCCGACUCGAGUGAUAACAGAUGCGUCUGCGAAGCCAUGCAUGUUUACGACUUCAUGAGACUGAUAUCCAAAGGGGGUUCGUUCUUGCAGACCCAGUGUCCAGGCCUUACUGAUAACGAAUCACUCGAAGCUAUCGGCAAAAUCGGGGGCCUGUGGGAAAUGUGCGCACCGUAUGGCCAAAAAUAUGCCGCUAUAGCCGCUGAGUGGCUUCAUGGUCUGAAGAUCUUCGGUACGACCCAUUGA